AUGAUAUGUUAUUUGUUAUACUAUUGGAUCUGUGUCAAAAAGUGUGGUGCUACAUUUCGAACAAUUAUUAAAAACAAUGAACAUAUUAAAGAUGAAUCGUGUACAUUAAUGGAUCAUUCACAUGCACCAAAUCCUAUAAAAAAUGAAUGUAAAAUAAUUAAAAAUAAAAUCAAAACUGCUGCAUUGCAAUCUCAAGAUAAUCCACACAAAAUUUACCAGGAGCAAAUAAUUGGAGUUCCUUCUGUCGUCUCUUCACAAAUUUGCAAAAAUGCAUCAAAACAACUUAUUAAAAGACAGAGAAAAGGUAAAUUAAUUGAACCAUCUUGUGUUGAACAUUUUAACCCUCCUAUUGAAUUAAAAAAAACAAUUUCUGGUCAAGAAUUUUUAAUCAAGGACAUUUACGAUGACAACAAUAGAAUUAUUAUUUUUACAACAUUUCAAAAUUGUUUGUAUUUAAGAGGAUCAGAGUUUUGGCUUGCAGAUGGAACAUAUAAGUCUUGUCCUAGUUUCUUUAAGCAAUUGUACACAAUUCAUGGAUCUAUUAAGAGAGGAAACGACCAGAUAUGUUUACCAUUAGUAUUUGCCCUUAUGAAAAAUCAAACUGAAAAUUCGUAUAAACUUAUGUUUACAGCACUUAAUUAUUUUGCUAUUGAACAUCGUAUUAAUUUUAAAGAUAAUACGGAUCUUGAAAUUAUUACUGAUUUUGAAAUUGCUGCUAUUAAUGCCAUCAAUGAUAUUUUUCCAUUUGCAAUGCAUUCUGCGUGUUUUUUUCACUUUUCGCAAAAUAUUUAUCGUCACAUACAAAAGGAAGGAUUAACGACCAAGUAUAUGGAAGAUCAAAACUUCAACUUACUUUGUCGACAUUUACCAGCAUUGGCUUUCCUUCCGGUUUCCAAAGUCAAUGAAAGUUGGAAACUGCUUAAAACUGAAUUUUCGAAUGAUGAAAGGGUACAAAAAUUAAUAGAUUACUUCGAAACAACAUAUGUUAUUGGUAAAUCAGUGAGACUCCGCGGGCGAAAUCCACAAGUAAAACCCCCGUUAUAUCCACCAGAAAUAUGGUCAGUAGCUCAACGAGUUGAAUAUGAAUUGCCACGCACUACUAAUAUCACUGAAUCUUGGCAUAGUCGUUUAAAUAGGUUGAUAUCGAAACAUCCAGGUGCUUAUAAAUUCAUAACACUUCUUCAAAAAAUGCAGAACGAGAACGAAAGUUUAAUUGAACAAUUUAUUCAAGGCAGAAUUGCAAAAAAAAUAAAGGUAUCCCGACAACAACAUGAAGAUAGAAUUAAAAAUUUAGUUUUAAGAUUUAAAAAUAGUAAUCAAAAUAACAUUGAGUUUUUAAGAGGCAUUGCGUACAAUUUAAACUUUUAA